UCCAAGAUGGCGGUGCCAAGUGAGUUAUCAGUGCAAGCAAUUCGGGAUUUUAUGUUGGAAAAUGGUGGUAAAGUGACAAACCAUGAUUUAGUGAAACAUUUCAAACGCUUUCUUACUAAUCCUGAAACAAGAGAUGAGGCUCGCAAUCAGUUUAAGGAAUUUGUAAAUAUGGUGGCUACAAUUCGAAAUGAAGGGGGCGAGAAGUAUUUGAUACUAAAGAAAAAGUAUCGUAAUCCAAUGGGAGCGCAAAGUCCAGGAAUAAGUGUCGCAUCACCGGUGUUACUCAGUCCAUCGUCAGAUUCUUUGUCCUCGCCUGCUGGCAUGGUCCCUUCUGGUAACCUCUUUGCUUCAGAAGAAUCUUUGAAUGCCAUGUCCCCUUCUCGCCACCCACCCCCCUAUCGGUCCCCUCCUCCACCUGGUGGUUCACCCAUGGAAUCUCUAGAAUUUGGAAUACAAUCACCAACUAUGAGAAAAGAACAUGAGUCGGAAAGAGAAAAGGAGCCUUCUGUCAUUAUGAGGUCUGCAAGCAGAGAUGAUAUGCUUAGCAGGAGUACUGAAGUCACAGAGGAGACUGUGAUUCACACUCCACCACCUGUACCACCUCGCCGUAAAAGCAGCGACAGGCUGAAGCUGGAAAAUAAGGAAAAUGUUUCUGAUGCCACACUGAAGAGACCAAAAAUGAUAGGAGCUGAGGUGUCCAACAAAAUGGAUGCGAGUGACGGGGAUUCCGAGCAGAAGAUCAGUGUAAAGGAACGCAUGCAGAAAUUUAAUCGCCUUGCCGAAACCGAUAUGAAGACACACCCUGUAGCUAACAAGAAGAAAAUUGACCGGGGUUUGGAUGACGAUGACUCCGCUUCUGUUACAACGCUCGACGCGAAGUCUCGGGAGUGGCUGGUCUUUUCCUCCCAGGCGAACUACCAGGCCCUGGCCAAGCUCGCUGCCGACAAUCCUCGUCUCGCCAGGUUCAAGAUGUUUCGGAGUAUGUUCGAUGAUUCCCUCCAGAUAAACCCGACGGAGAAUUCAAGCAAAGACACGCUUUGUUCUCUCUUUAUAUGGAGAUGUUCCUGCAGAGGUUCCGGGCUUUUGAUGAAGAGAGGAUGAGAAGAGGAUGUGUCCCGGGAACAGAAUCAUAUUCAUGACAAAACUAACAUCAGAUUAAUUUUGAGAAUGCUUGCUACAGUUCAAAAUCUAUCUUCUUUUUAUCUGUAAAUCUAAAAGAUUAGAAUAUUCAGUGCUGUAAAGUUAGAUCUACCUCUUGUUUUGUAAAUGGACGUGAAGCUUGGUAUCUCGCCGUAAGGGAAGAAAAUAAUAGACUGAGGGUUUUUGAGACCAGGGUGCUAAGGAGAUUAUUUGGACUUAACAGGGAGGAAAUUUCUGUUCUUCAGCAAAUUGUUGCACUAAUCGAAUGGUGGGGUUUGGGGAUUUGUAGCUUGUUUGGGACAAGUGAGAAAUGCGUACAAGAUUUUACCCCGGUAACACGAACCUUCGGAGACUUGGAAGUAGAUGGGAUAUAUCUGCGAUCGCCAGUCUUUUUGGUGCAUCCUGUGAAUCGAAACAAAAUGUAAAUUAAAUUAAUGAUAUUACGAUUCACACAAAAUACAAUGAAGCUGUUAUACUUCCACAUCAAUCCCUUUACGUUGCCAGACGUUAAGUGUUAUUUUUUUCUGUCUAGAAUUUGGUGCGCCCUGUUGGAAGUGUUCUGGCGUUUUAGCUGACUUUAUUCUUUUUUAUUUUGAAUGUUUUAACAAACGGAGUCACUGACGUGCCUCGUAAUUCGGAAGCUGGAACCAGCUUCUUGUACUCGAGGCAUUUAUCUCUGUCCGUUUGUAUUCAUAACUCUGUCUGCUUCUCUCCAUCAUACUCGACCCGAGCUCCCACUGUGGUCCCUAUCUGAUGCAGUUCCACGCAGCUAAUUCCAGGAUAUGCCUAGUGACGUAAUUCAAACGAAAAAAUACUCUUCUAAUGAAUAUACAUGAAUGAUGCUCGCUUACGGCAUCGGUUUCAAACAAAAGCAAUGGAAAAUACAGAACGGUAUCUUUUCCAAAUACGUUACUUCACUGUUUUGAAUUUCUCAUUAAUCUUGAAGCUAAUUCAUUGCCGAUACAAAUCUGUUCUUCCAGACCCCAUAAUACUAAACAUUCACUGCGUAAUCAUUGAUUUGUUUGCUUAUAUUUUAUAAACGGGCUAUGAUGAUAUACAUAAUGUGUUUAGAGAGAACAUACUGCUAGUUGAGUAAGAAUUAACGUGAAAUAAACCGACCCAUCUACUCGAUAUGAAGAGCUCAAGUGUUCCCAUAUGGGCAACAGUUUAACCCCCCCCCCGCGGCCGCAGUCAUUA